AUGGAUUUGCUUUCAAGCAUCCGCAAAUCCGGCUCUAGAGGUGGCGUCAACUUCAGCUGGGACGAAGUCGCAAACUCUUCCCAUCGCGAGAAUUACCUUGGCCACAGUCUCAAAGCACCUGUUGGACGAUGGCAAAAGGGUCGCGACUUGGGCUGGUACGCCAAAGCCGAGGAUGAUUCUGGAGAACCCGACGAAAACGGAGAAACAGAGGAGGACCGCCGCGAAAAGGCACGAAAGGAAGAACUGCGCAAGAUCAAGGAGGCUGAAGAGGACGCCAUCGCAGCAGCUUUAGGCUUGCCGCCGCCUGUGCGAGACUCUUCAGGUGCAAACGCAGUGGAGAUCGAUCCCAGCAAACGAAAGGUCGGGCCAGCAAGUGGGCCUCCUGAGGAAGAGGCUGGAAACGAAAAGCGAGAGCGCUCGAGACGUCAAGACGGUUCAGAAAGAAAGGAGAGAAGGCGACACCGCAGUCGAAGCCAUGAUCGCGAUCAUGACCGUGAACGCCGCCAUCAGACGAAGAUCGGCCCAGGGAGAGACGCCGAGAUAGGGAUGGAGAUCGGGAAAGGGAACACGGCCACAGACGCCAUCGCGAUGGCCAUCGAAGGGAAGAUCGAGAAGGAGGUGACCGACGACACAGAGAUGGAAGCAGGGAGCGUCGCCGCUCGAGAUCGCGAGACCGACGCAGGCGCAGCGGUAGUCCAAGGCCUCAUCGCCGAGACUGAAGAGCCAGAUUCUAGUCUCCAGCAGAGAAUCAACCGAACAUAUGAUACCCAUAGGAACACAAGAGGCGUUUCAACAUCUGCAAUGUGUUACGAAAUUGAUUUCGAAAUUAACAACUGA